AGUGGAAAAUACUAGGGAUAAAAUAAUCAUUAAAACGGUGCGUUUUAUGGAAUAGGAAACAAACGCGCGCCUUAGAGAUAGAGCUUGAAACGACGUCGUUGUAAGUGUUUUCUUAUUCGCCACGGCCAAUGCCAUUUGUGAUUUGCCCCAUAUAGAACCCCAGGUUUCUUUAGUAAGGAUUCUAAGGAACCCAGAAACAGAGGAAAAAACGUCAGAAUGACGACUUCCAAUUUGGACAUUUCUCAGUUCGAUCACACUCCUUUUUACUGUGAGGAGAAUGUAUACAUGCUUUGCAAAAAACUUGGCAUGAUUGGGAUGGCGGAUGCAGAGGGGUCUGAUCUUUUUGCUGUUUUUAUUUCCAAUGAGAAGAAACAGGUUCCAUUGUGGCAUCAGAAGGCUAGCAAGAGAGCAGAUGGAAUCAUUCUCUGGGAUUAUCAUGUGAUAUGCAUUCAGAUAAAGAAAGAAGGCAGCUCUCCUCCUCAAGUAUGGGAUUUAGAUUCAAGUCUUCCUUUUCCUUCUCAUCUAGAUCAUUAUAUGUCUGAUUCCUUUCGGCCGUCAUUUCAGCUUUUUUCCGAUUAUCAGAGGUUUUUCCGGAUUGUGCAUGCUCCAUUAUUCCUCCACUCCUUUGCAUCUGAUAGAAGACACAUGAAAAACUCGGAUGGAAACUGGAUUUCUCCCCCUCCUGCACAAGAUCCCAUAGUUGCUGAUGACGGAAGCUUGUACAACCUGGAUGAGUACAUUAGGAUGAAUGCCGCUGAUGCAGUCACAGAGGUUAAAGAUGAUACUAUCAGUGCUGUUUUUACCCAGAAGUAUGGGGUACUGGUAAGAGAAAGUCAGUUGGAGGAAUUCUUUUCCCUGCUUUCUGGAUGAUUGGUGGUUGUUUUAUGAUGUUAUUUAAUAUAAAAAAUUGUUGCAUUUGGCUCUGGAAUUGCAUGAACAAUUUCAUUUUAUACAUGAAUAUUUCUUCCUUGA